AUGGGAUGGCUUCGCAGUACUGCAGAAGAUGGACAGUUAAAGGGAAACGACUUUGCCUCAUUGGCUGAUAGUGCUGGUCAGUGUUUAGCCAAUCGGGUGCUGACCCUGUCCAUCUCCUCCUCAGAUGAUGGGGAACAGCUGUGACCGAGGUACUGAUUCACUCUCCUGUCUUUUUUCUCUAAUUAGGGUCUAUUGUUUUGGAAUUAAGUUGAUUAUUUAUGCUUAAUUCUCAUGUGUGCAGAGCACCAUCGUUAAAAAGCCAUUAUGUUCGAAGUUUCUCUGUAUGGACUGCUGCUUGCACAGCGUCUUUUCAUUUAGGGUACUGUAUACGUGUAAUGCUCCAUAUGAUGUGUUUGCUAGCAUGUCUUUCACAAACACUGAACAGAAUAUUUGCCUAACUUCUUUGAUCAUCUUUACUUUGUGCUGUUUGUCAGUGUCCAUAGUUGAUAUAAUGCAGUAAGGAUGUGCAUGACGUUUGAUGGGUGUCUCUCUCCCUCCAAGCCACCCCCGGUCAGAGAGCUCAGUCUUUCUGAAUUAUGAUGCAUGCAGCGUUUAAGACGGACCAGGCUGCAGCCAGGGGUGCCAAGAGGACAGUGUCUGAGAGUGAACUUGAUAUAGCACUUUGCAAAGUAGCCUUUUGAAUAAAGCUGACUGCUGCAUACUGUCUCACUUGUGCCUAAGUUGAAUAUAAAGGAUAGAUUACAGUUAGGGCUAGCUUUAGGGACAACCUGAUCGAAACGUGGAAUCUGACACGUGUUGCUCUAGUCUUGAGGUUAUCUCAGUUCAUUAUCUUGUCUGCUAGAACUUGUUAUUUUACUUCAAGUGGUUCUGGGUCGUUCUUUCACAGAGCAUUCAUGUUGCACAGGGUCAAUCUGCUCUAAAAUGGGGCUAAAUUUAGCUUCCAAUCAAUCGCUCUCUGGAUAUUGGCCAGGGAUCUCAAUGUGACGGAUGGUUUGAGACUUCUGUAUUUGGAAGAUGUGGCUUGCAUUCUUGCUCUGUGCAACAUUGGUAAGGCACUGGCAGGCAUUUGUCUUGUAUGCAGCUGCAGCAGAAGCUGCACUGGCUGUGGAAGUAAAGGUUGUGUCACAAAUGGCACCCUAUUCCCUCAAAAGUAGUGCACUACAUGGGGAAUAGGAUGCCAGUUGGGACGUAGCCAGGGACUAGAGAAAUUAGAGGGUCUUUGUCAGUUGAGGGACUGCUCCAGCCUCCUGCCUCCUGCCUCUAACCUGACCUGCCUGGGCACUGCUCCAGGAGGCUUGGCUGAGCUGACACUCCGGUGCCCAGGCUUACUGGGGCCUAGCAGCUGGAGUCCCAUGACAAUGGCCCUGCCCUGCUGCUGUAAACUGAGACCACCGGAGGGAAGAAUAAAUGUGGGUGGGGUCCAUCCUCAUCCUUGACACAGAAAGCCAUAACCUUACCGUACAGAGAGAGACAGAAUAGUUUGUCAGAACGGACCAAAAAUAACUGGCUUCUACAGAGAAACAGAUUCAUAUUGUCAUGUUGUUUUUUUCAGCCUGCCUGUUCAAUGAGGAUUACAGUGAAGCACAAUCAGUGACUUUAUAGCUGAAACCUCAUUGUUAAUGAAUUACAAACCCCUCUGAAUAGCAUUCUGAGAUGGAUUUUUUGUUGUUCUAUUAACCAUUUACUUGAGUUAGUGGCAUUCAUUCAAUGCCAUAGCUUGUCUUUUGGGGGAACAACACAGACUCUUGGCAGCCUGUGGCCUGAGGUAAUUGCUUGCUUGAUACAGCCCGUCUCUGUCUGGGUGUUCUAUCUGUCCUCUACAUGUACACACAUCACUCUGGCUCCCUCUCCCAAAUGUCGCAGCAUCUGUGUUCAUAGAACUCAACAUCCACCAGUCCAGGUUUCAAGGCAGCUAUCUGUUUUGACUAAUGUCUCUCGUGCUGGGGACUGGUCUAGUGGUAGUACUGCUGCCCCCAGGACCAGAUAUACCCCUGGAGGCAGCGGUUCGAUCCCCUGUUCCAUCACUCACUUUCCCUCCUGUAGCUCAUCAGUCUCCCCAUCUCAUAUUCUGACCUGUACUUGUUAAUAUAACUGUUUAAAAAAAUUAUUAAUGUAUAAUGUCUCUCUCUCCCUGCCCCCCCCCCCCCCUCUCCCUCUCUCUCUCUCUCUCCCUCUCUCUCUCUGUUGUCCACAGAAGUGUCUGCUGAGAGGUCCCCCAGGAGGCGGAGUAUCUCAGGCCUGGGGAGUUCAGAGAAGAACAUAUCGCUGGACGUACCCAACACAUCCCCCUUCAAAGUACCAGUGAGUUCUGUUGUUAUGAUUCAAAAAUGUGUUUAUUAUCCAAUGUACACUGAUGUCCAACAGAAACGUGUCUUUUGCUUUAUUCUAACCCCUCUAAAAAACACAAACAUUAGACAUGUUAAGUCUCUUUGUACCGUCAUUGUUAUGUUCAAAGCAAUUAGCACACCAUUAAGAUUUCAAUCCAUACUUUAUUCCUUUGAUAUCUCCUCAAGUUUGAAGCACAUUGGCAGACAGCAGAGCCAAGCCUGCAGUUGGUUAGGCUUUAUCUCCACUGUUAAAACUCCCCAGAGCUCCAGUGAUGGCCAUGGGCUUUCAGCUGCUCAGUCAGUGUGUAAAACUCUCUGCUAUAAACAUGGUCUUCCUAUCCCAUCGUAAUGGAGACUCUGGGUCUGCGUCCCAAAGGGCACCCUAUUCCAAAUAUAAUGCACUACUUCUAUGGACCCUGGUCAAAAGUAGUGCACUAUGUAGGGAAUAGGGUGCCCUUUGGGACGCAGCCCAGUCAGCAUUGAUUGGAGCCGUCAUACACCAGGGAGUUUAACCUUGUUAUACCACCCUGUCUCUCAUACUAUACAUUCUGAUUCAUGUCAGUAUGGUCUCCUCCUCAAAGUGAAGCAGUACUUGUCAUUAUUGUGUUGGGCUGAGGAGGGUUCAUUCAUAGAAUUACCUAUAGAACUAUAGAGAAGUAAUUUAUAGGAUCUCUUAUCUAGCCGUGUCUUGCCAUAGAUUAUCUUAGAAUACAUCAGCAUUCUUCUUAUUUUCAGAGGUAGACUAGAAGUCUAUAACCAUCUCAAUAACAUUGUUGUGAAGUAAAUGUAAGAGUGUUAUGAUGCGGUAUGUUACGAUGCGGUAUGUACAUCUUAGAAAACCUCUGCUUGCUAAUCAGAGACGACGUGGGAGUGUGCCUCAAAGGACUGCGAAUACACAGACGCAUGCUUUUGAUGAUAUUUAUAACCAAAAGAAUUGGGCCAUGGCAUGCAUCACUGAAACUCGUACCUUUGGCAUGUUAUAGGGCUUCUUGUUACGGGUUUAGAAGAUUUAGUUACAGAUAGACGAUGACAUGUUGAUAGUUUCAGAUUCACCAAAGGGUCUAGUGGGUAGUAGCAUCAGAUAGGUGACUCAUGUUUGUCUCCUUGUUUGUCAGUUUCUAGACUAGCUAUUUUACCUGCGCACCGAUAUUGGAACGUCAGAGAGGUUCAGGUUGGGUCUCAGAGUGGGGAGUGCGGGUGGAAUCAGGUCCAUGUCAUCUUAUUCAUUAUGAUCUAAAAGGCAACACUGAUCCAAGAUCAGCACUCCUACUCUGAGACACUUUAUGAAUACAGGCCCAGGCACUCCCAGCCCUCACUAUGGAGUAGCCUAGCGUUUGUCUACUUGAUGGAAACUAACAUCCCCCAACCUCAUGCUGGUUGUGGACCAAGUCAAAGUGAAGGCUGCUGUCCGGUUGUGCUGACAUGACAGGCUUUAUAAAUGCAGGCACCCGGGGGAGCAGAGGGGAGAGGGUUGUGCUGUUGUUGUCUCUGACUGAAAAUGAGACGUUUGAGACACCUCCUCCACACUGCCAAGGUGAAUGAGAAAGUCGAAAAGCUGACAAAGACUUCCAGUGCUCGUCCUCUCUGUGGACGUACAACAAUCCCUCGCUACCGCUCUCUCCCUCUCUUUCUCCUCUUGCUCUUAAUCCUUCUCGCUCUCUCUCUAUUGCCUUUCUGCCUCUCUCUCUCUCUGCCCCUCUCUCUCUUUCUCUGCCCCUCUCUCUUUCUCUGCCCCUCUCUCUCUCUCUGCCCCUCUCUCUCUCUCUGCCCCUCUCUCUGCCCCUCUCUCUCUCUGCCUCUCUCUCUCUCUCUCUAUCGCCUCUCUCUCUCUGCCUCUCACUCUCUCUGCCCCUCUCUCUCUCUGCCUCUCUCUCUGCCUCUCUCUCUCUCUCUCUGCCUCUCUCUCUCUCUCUCUGCCCCUCUCUCUCCUCUCUCUGCCCCUCUCUCUCUCUCUCUCUCUCUCUCUGCCCCCUCUCUCUCUCUGUCUGCCCCUCUCUCUCUGCCCCUCUCUCUCUCUCUCUGCCCCUCUCUCUCUGCCUCUCUGCCUCUCUCUCUCUCUCUCUCUCUCUCUCUCUCUCUCUCUCUCUCUCUCUCUCUCUCUUCUGCCUCUCUCUCUGCCUCUGCCUCUCUCUUUUUCUCUCUCUCUGCCUCUCUGCCUCUCUCUCUCUCUGCCUCUCUCUCUCUCUCUGCCUCUCUCUCUCUGCCUCUCUCUUUCUUUCUUUCUUUCUCUCUCUCUGCCUCUCUCUCUCUGCCUCUCUCUGCCUCAUCUCAUCAAAUCAUGUACAGUAUAUCAUCGUGAGUCAUUUUACAGAGCGUUUCAACACCUAAUAUAGUGGAGUGCACUUCAUAGUGUUUAUUGCAGCUUUGCUAAUAAGUAACAUGGCUUCCCUGUGCAGACUUGGCAAUACUCUCUGAACGUCAUAGAGGUCACAAUAUGCACUCGGUGUUGCAUUACCAUAUCCUAUAUCAACAUACAGGGUAAGCAUUAUACAGUAGUUGGAGUACAAUAGAUUUUCUUUUCCAAGAUAUACAAUAUCUGACACUGACUAAUUCCUUCUGCUGUCAAAGUGACAAAGUUACACAAUGGCAAAAUUAGUGACACGUUUCCACUGCCUCUGACAUACUGCUUAUCUGUUAAUGUAUUUCUUCAACCAUUUAAUUAAGUAAAAAAAGAACAACAAUUGCGUACUGUAUAUAUCCUGAUCAUAUUUUAUUUGAUAUCUCAACUGUUACUGUAAAAUGAGCAGAAAAAGCUCAAGGAAGUGAUUGGGUGUUAGAUAUGACUAAUACUGCGGUUAAAGGUGUCUCUGUCUCAGCUCUGACUCAAGUCCCCUAUCGGUUUCAAUGUGUCUACUCUUUCUGACAUCAUCAUAGUAUUCAGUCUGAGUGGGGUUGUUUCACAACCCACCAACACUGUUCAGUUUCCCGUGUUUCACCAGAGCAUGACAAUGCAUUACAAUGGAAUUCAUUCCCCAACUUCAUUGUGGUCAGCUGGUCACUCACACUAGCUACUAAUUCACAGAAUGAGCAUACAAAAGUCUAAGACAAGGACAGUGUUGUACACAACGUCAUUUUGCAAUUAUGUAGGCUACACAUUACACAACAUUCGUUAAAAAUGAGUUUGAAAUUGACCUGAUAGAGUAUGACCUGUGUGACACAUUGGCCACUCAUUACCACAGCACCUCUCCCAAUACAAACACAGACUAGCCGCAACAACCGCUGGUGCCCACAGUAGACACACAGCCAGACAUAGUAACAAAUGUGUGUCUAUGAGUGUAGAAGUUCUCCUGAAGGUAAUUUAUUCUGUUGUACAUUUUUAGGGGUUUUUCAGCAAACGUCUGAAGGGAUCCAUAAAGCGGACGAAGAGUCAGACCAAACUGGACCGCAACACCAGCUUCAGACUGCCCUCCCUGAGACCUUCAGAAAAUGACAGGUAGGCUAUUCACUCAUCUCCUUCCAUAUUUCAAAUGUUUCAAUACAAAGGAUCUGCAUCUACAGUUCACAUGGCUUGUCUUAAUUCUGCCUCUUUAGGCCUGAGGGACUGCUCCUGCUACUGAUCUUCAUUUGGUUAUUCAUUUUCACCACAUAAAAGUAUAUGCUCUUGGUCUUCCUUAUGUGGUUCAUUGCUGAUGGGCCAUGGAUGUCCUUUCAUGAUGAUGAUAAUAGAUAUAUGAUUAUGGAGAUGUAGAGAGGCGAGUGGGGGCGAGGUGGCUAGUCAGAAGUAAGGAUGGAGAGAGUUUCUCCUGUGGUGUGUGUUGUAUUGUGGUGUGCAUCACAAAGUGCAAUUACUACAUUCAUCUGUAAUACCCUGUCUGUUGCGUGGGAUUGAUUACCAAGGUGCUGGUUUAUACAGCAUUUAUACAGCCUUUUAAGAAGAUACCCACAUCUUACAUUAUGUUCCCAUCCAUUAUCAGUCCUGAGUGCUAUUCCGAGAAAUGUGUCUUUAAUUCCAGGAUUAUAAACCUGUGCUAUAAUGGCAUUACUGUAGGCCUGACUGCUUUCUUCCCUCCCUCACAUGCAGUCAAUAUAAUAGUAGAAUUAGGCAUUGUUGUAUCCAUACAUGUGAGACCAAGACAAAGACAGAUGUAAUCCUUUGUUACAGUGUGCUACCCUCCUUUUCGUUGGUCUGAACAGUGGAUAGCUAAUGUUGAUAUGUUUGGGGUUCUCAAUGCUCCAGUGAGUUUGCUGAACAGUAUUGGUUUGAGGAGGGGAGGGGAGGUGGAGGGGGGGCUGCCUGUCACCUCCUCCCUCCUCCUCCCUCCUCCUUCCUCCCUGCUCUAAGGAGGGGGGUCACCCCAUGCUGGUCUCUCUGCUGCCUGGCGUGGGCCGAGUCACCCCGUGUUCAUAUACAGCUCCAUGCGCCAGGCAGAAUAUGCAGAGUCAGUACCAUUACAGAGAUACUCACUCACUCACUCUCUGACUGUACUGUGCAGAUUGUAGCCUACAGAGUUAGUGAUGAACACAGGCUAGCGGCCAUAGAGAUAAGUACUGUAUCUAUCUUUAUGCUAGUGGCUGAGCGGGUAACUGGUAGGCUACAUGCUUAUAGUACUGUCAGCUUUCCCUGGGAUGACAUGACAUCUGUCACUGUGUACAGCAGUACGCCCACGUGGGUGACGUCUGCCUGCCCUGUGAGCCAGCGGAGUAGUGAAAGUGGACUUUAGAGGCAUUAGAGCCAGCAGGACUGGGGGAUAAUGGUCGGCAUGAGGAUGAGCUGCAGCCUCUUUCUGCAAUCGUUAACUAACGUCAGUGACUCCCAGUAAGGACCAUACUACAGCAUCAGCAUGGCCGCCAUGGCGACCAGCGCCACCUCUUCACUCCUCAGGAGGGCCAGGAAUGCCCACCUACCUAAGUCACUGCGCUUCAGGUAGGGAGGGCAGCAUCAUAGAAAUAGAACUCAUUCUAGUUGUGUGGGCAGCAUGUCUCCUCCUGGUUACAGAAUGCUGGGCUGAAUGACCAGGGCAUUGUUUGCUACAUUUAUAAUGAUCUGAUUGGUGACAAUCCUAUCUUUCGUUUUUAUUUGAUGUAGAUGGGACAUGUCUCCUCUGCUGUAAAAUGUGAUGUUUUGUUAUUUCAUACAAUACUACACUGUUUUUGUCCCAUCUGAACCUGCUAAAUUAUAGAAAUUACAGCAUGCAAUAUCAUACCAGGUUGAAUUCUAUGUGAUUCUGCUUCAAAGUACUACUAGUUCAUAAUCAGAUAGCAUUUUGUUAAUUCAAGGAGCUGCGGAGCGGUGGUGUGGUCAGAGCUAAGUACGUUCCUCUCCUUCCUCCCAGCGGACGUAUCAGGUUUCCAUCCUAAUGCAGUGGACAUAGUGAGGGCUGGCGUUCAGAAAGGCAACCUGAUUAGUUUUCAAAAGACUUUGAGGAUGACGGCAGCAGCUCGUUUUAAAAAGAUUAGACUCCCUGAGAGGACAUACAUUUUUUGACUUUUUCACCACAAGUGCUCUGCGACGAAUUUCAAUAUGUCGGAUAUCCACUUAUGUGCUGAUAAAAACACAGAUUGUUCUCAACAUAAUGCAUCUUUCUCUAAACAGUGUAAUGAGACAGCUCAAAGCACAACAAAUUACCUGUACGCCCACAAUGUGUUUACGACUUAAAGGCAAACUAUGACUCACAGGUACAGAUAUAAAUAAAUAAUCAGGUUAUGAUUCACAUCAGUAUCAUUGUUGUAUGCAUCUUUGGAAUCAUUUGCUGGAUUGAGAGGGCAGAUCUGUUUCCUCCCAAACCCUUAAUCUGGGUUUACAUAAUUCAGUUGGCGAGGCAUGUUGCAUGUUGAGAAGGCGGAUGCCAAAAGAUUACGAGGGCACAGAUGCACUCUGCAGCAGACUGAAGACACAGGCACGCACAAUGGAUGGAUGUGUGCUAGUGAAUAGUGAGGCGGCUGCAGACUGAGAGAAGAGGACAGAGGAGUCUGCUUUCUCUCUCCUCCGUUGGCACUCCUAUUACUUGUUCAAAUGGUAGGCAUCAGCACACCCACUCCCUUGUGUGUGAGCUUUUGCAUGAUCCCCUUAUAAGCUUCUGUUCUUCAAAAUAUCAGUCUAGACUACCUGGUUGAUAACUUUGUUGUGACACCGUACAAGCAAGAUAAUGAGGAGAAAAUGUUAUCCCUUUAUAUAUGGGGAACUAAAAAUACUGAUGUUGCAAAUCUGAGACAUAGUGUGUGUUCCAAAUAGGACCCUAUUCCCUACAUAGUGCACUACUUUUGACCAGAGCCCUAUGGGAAUGCGAAUUAUAGAGUGCCAUUUGGAAUGCAACCAUAGUAGGUAUGGGUCAUCUUUAUGCAAGAACUGUCCUGUAAGGAGAUAAGUUGAUAAGUAAUGAAGAGUGGUAUUGUGAUGAUGCUUGGCUGGUGAGGUAGGUAGGAUGUUGUUUUAUAGUUGUAUGUAGGCCAUGAUGCUUUAACCCAGACAUGGGCCACAUAAUUCAUGAAGACUAUUCGCCAGGCCAUUGCGGCCAAUAGCAACAGACAGACAGUUUGUUUUCUCAGCAUGGUAUCAGGAUAACGACGCCUUAAUUCUCCAUAUGCCUCAAAAGACAAACAUAAUCAAUUAAGGCUUUGGCCUCUUAGGAUCAUUGUUACCUCAUUGUGAACAAUGACCAUACUAUAGGUAGAAUGACACACACAUCAUGUUUCAAGGGCCUCUCAGAAGGACCUUGAAUGUCUCUUCUUUUAAGCGUUCGAUUUUUCUAACUAAGUGGCCCUAAAAUAAUUACUAAUAUUUGCCUCUCUUCUCUGAAAGUUUACCAGACAAAAUCUAUUUUUAUUACGGUAUACAGCUUUAUUUUAUUACAAUAAUGCCUCCAGACUACUUCCUCCUAAAAUGUAUCUUUGUCUUCGAUAGCUCGUAAACACAACAUUGAUUGUCUGGAAUCUCUUACUCUCACUCACACUCGAGGGUGCCCUGUAAUUCAGAAUAAACUACUUUAACUGCUUUCAAUUAAUAUCUAGUAUUAACCACUGCUACUGACUACUUAGUUGUCUUCUAAACAAUGAAUGAUUACCAACAGCUGAAAGUGACAACAGAUCUGAAUCGAAUUGCAAUGAUCAGUCCAUGGGAAUUACUAUCUAUCCAAGUGAUAAUGCUUGUACAUAUGUCCAUCCCCUAGGGAUGACAGCGAACAAAAUGGUCCUCGUCACUAAAGUGAAUUAGAUUUCUUGAUCCCUGAUUCUUAGAAGUCAUCUGACAUGUGGCGAUUAUGUAAGCCUACUGUUAUAUAUUAUGCAUUUUGUGUUGUGCAUGCAUUACAUUGCUACACAUUCAGUCAGUGAUUGUAUCCUUUGACUAACAUUUCCCUUUCCUACCAUUUGGCUAUUAUGUAAGGGUCUAUUUUUGUGUUAUUAUUAGGGCUGUGAUUAUAGCAGUGUCGCUAUAUUUUUUCCAUUGCAAAAAUGAAAACAUGAAGCAGACUUAACUCUUUGGUCCUUUUAAAAACCUGCUGUAUGUCAAAUAUUUGUUUGCUAUAGCUUGGAAAACAAAUAAAUAUGACUCUGGAUGACAACAUAAUGACGUUUGUUUCCAACAUUAGGGCUGUUUUCCUACAGAAGUUAAAUCCGCUUCGUAUUUUGUUUCCUUGCCACGACACUCACAAGUAUUGCGAUACUGGUAUCUUCCCAGCCCUAGUAAUGUAUUUUUCAAUUAUCAUGCAGUGUUGCAUUUCAUAAUUGUUGCACUUUGAAAAUGAAUGGUUUGCUAGUUGGAAAGCAUACAGUCCUUUGCUAAACAACACCUGUUGACUUCCAUUCCCCUCCCCUACCUGUAGUGUUGUGCUCUGAUGGAAAGCCCAGGUAGUUUUGUCCGAGGUGUUUGUGAGCAGAGCAGCACAUCCCUUCGUCAUCCCAUGCUGCUGCACUUGAGUUAAGUCUCCUUGUAGUGGCAUUCCUAUGGAAACAGGCUCAAGGGUCCGACAGAUGGGCCAGCCCAGGUCCUUGUUUACCACCUGUGAAUCAAAGGAAAAGUAGUUACAAAGGGAAGCUGGAAAGGCCUUGUAUAUGCUGGUCCUCCUUCACUUUUUACAGUUUCAUGGAAAUAGAAUGAUAAGGAGUUGAGACUGAAUGGUAAAGGCAGUAGAACCAAGGACAGUGGACUGGAACUGAAAAGAGAAGAGAACCGUCCCAAAAGGAAUGGAAUGAGAUCCAGAUAGAGAGAUGCUCUGGGGAUAUUCCUUCAACUGGCUGUUCAUUUGUUUUUCAUAGGUAUUACUGCUUCCUGGAAUGUUCUAGUGAGUGAUUGCUGGAAUAGUGCGGAUAAAUCUUGAAUGACAGUCUUAAAGAAAGACAACAGCUGGUUGUAUUUUGGGAUCACAUGCACAGUAUACAUUUUUUAGGGUCCUCCAACUUGCAGUGUGUUGGUUUUAAAGCUUCCUAGUGGCCAUUUUUUAUCUGUGGUGAGUACAACUUGUCAGCGGAGGAGUCCAACAUCUUUUGACACAUUUAGGGAUUUAGCGCCUCAGAGCAGAAUUGUCUCCCAUGCUGUGAAUGCUCUGAAUUAAGAAGUAAUGAUGUAAACCGUAACCAAAUGCCAUGUUUCUGUCUUCCAGAUCCCGAGGGCUGCCUAAGUUAAAGGAGUCGUGUUCUCACGAGUCCCUGCUCAGCCCGGGAAGUGCAGUAGAAGCCCUGGAUCUGGGAAUGGAGGAAGAUGUUUACGUCAAGCCUCUCCACAGUAGCAUACUGGGACAGGAGUUCUGCUUCGAGGUAACAUCUUGUUCAACUACUUUGAUAAAGCUAUUGUAAAUAUAAUAAUACUUGUUAAUGAGUGCUCGCUGUGCCUCAAUACAAAGGCAGCUAGCUGCCUGCUGCCUAGCCAUAGACUCCUAGGUGAUGUAAUGCAUUAAAAAGCCUUUAGUUAUGCUCAUCAUGCUUCUGUCUCUGUCCUCUCCAGGUGACCUACUCAGGAGGCAGUAAGUGUUUCAGCUGCUCCUCAGCCUCAGAGAGAGACAAAUGGAUGGAGAACCUGAGGAGGACGGUCCAGCCAAACAAGGUGAGACCACAGGCUGUGUCCCAAAUGGCACCCUUUUCCCUAUAUAGUGCACUACUUUUGACCAGGGUCCAUCUGGUCAAGGUUAGUGCACUAUAUAGGGUAUAGGGUACAAUUUCGGACACAGAAAUAUUGAUGCCCUCUAUAUUUUCUUAAGGUGACCCACUCUUCUUCACUUCUUGUUUUUUAGUUUCAUUUUCUUACCAAUAUCAGUUUAGUUAUAACUGUGUUAUUAAGGGUCAAUGUUCCCCCUCAUUGGGAUUCAAUACUCAUUUGAUGUCUUCCCAGGACAACUGCCGACGAGCAGAGAACGUCCUCCGGCUAUGGAUCAUCGAGGCCAAGGACCUGCCUCCAAAGAAGAAGUAUUUCUGUGAACUGUGCCUGGAUGACAUUCUAUACGCGCGCACCACCAGCAAGACCCGGGCUGACUGCCUGUUCUGGGGGGAACACUUUGAGUUCUACAGCCUGCCUUCUGUCCGUAGCAUCACCGUGCACAUCUACAAGGACGUGGACAAGAAGAAGAAGAAGGACAAGAACAACUACGUGGGCCUGGUCAACAUCCCCAUCGGGGGGGUGACGGGGAGGCAGUUUGUGGAGAAGUGGUACCCUGUCAGCACCCCCACCACCAGCAAGGGCAAAGGAGGAGGGCCGUCGAUCCGGAUCAAGUCCCGCUUCCAGACCAUCUCCAUCCUGCCCAUGGAGCAGUAUAAGGAGUUUGCAGAGUUUAUCACUAACAACUACACCAUGCUGUGUUCUGUUCUGGAGCCGGUGAUCAGUGUGAAGAACAAGGAGGAGAUGGCCUGUGCCCUUGUUCAUAUCUUACAGAGCACCGGACGGGCCAAGGUAAUUCCUAUACUUUAGAAACUCCAUCUCUGCUCUGAACAGACUACUUCUCCAUCAUCUCUCCCACUGUGCCUCCCUCCCUCUACUGGCUAUAACUUCCUCGGGGUAUCCCAUUCAGUUGUGUCCAUCUAUUUGCCUACAUUCAUAUUAGCACCUCUAGGACAUUAAGUACCAUACUGCAGUUUUUCCUUCUCUGCAGACAUUGCAAUCUCAGUAAAUCAAAGUUCGCUCUCCUCCUCCACCCCAGGACUUCCUGACAGAUCUGGUGAUGUCAGAGGUGGACCGGUGUGCAGACCACGAUGUCCUGAUCUUCAGAGAGAACACGCUGGCCACCAAGGCCAUAGAGGAGUUCCUCAAACUGGUGGGACAGAAGUACCUGCAUGACGCACUAGGUGAGAGGGGAGGGUUAAUUAUAUAAGAGACCUUAGAAAGUGGAGACCUCACAAAUGUAAACAUUACAACUUGCAGUUCUGAAGACAGCGUCACAUUUGGUAGCAAAGAGCGGUGCAACUGCGGUAGACUGGUUUGCAAACUAUUCCAUGUUCUUAGUCCAUGGCGUAUUACUGUUCUUCAACCCAGUCUGUGUUUUCUCCUGAAUACUGUAGGAGAGUUCAUCAAAGCACUGUAUGAGUCAGAUGAGAACUGUGAGGUGGACCCGGGGAAGUGUUCUGCCAGUGAGCUCCCUGAGCACCAGAGCAACCUGAAGAUGUGCUGCGAGCUGGCCUUCUGCAAGAUCAUCAACUCCUACUGGUGAGAUCAGCCUCUCAGCACUCUGACCCUGAAGUCACAUAUAGCCAAAGGGCCUUGGUUUGCCUCCACUUAGGGCAAGUCAAAAGUUCUAGCUCCUUGUAAAUGGGUAGCUACAGCAUUAUGUGAAUAAAGAAGAAUAUCUGUAAACAUUGAUGACUCCAAUUUUUGGGGACUUGCUUAGUCUUGCUGUUCUAAAAGAGAUUGUCAUAGAGUUGGUUGAUACAUCUGGCAUGGCUUCAAUAUAGUGAUGAUGUAAAGUGCAUGCUGCCACCUGGUGGUUAUUUCUGGUGGUGUAUGUGUCUGUUUGUGAUGACUGAGACUGUUUAUGAUCUCAAUUAAUCUUAUUGGAAUUCCUCGCAUCCGAUCUCCUGGCGUCCUUCUCAACCAUAUUGGAGGAGAGGGUCCCCUCAGACCUUCUUCUCCAAUGUGUUCUGAGAACGAGGUGAGGAGAGAGGAUGAAUUGAGAAGGAGCCUGACUCUCUCUUCUGCCUCCCUAGUGUGUUCCCGCGGGAGCUAAAGGAGGUGUUUGCAGCGUGGAAGCAGCAGUGUCUGGCCCGAGGGAACCAGGACAUCAGCAAGCGCCUCAUCAGCGCCUCCCUGUUCCUCCGCUUCCUCUGUCCCGCCAUCAUGUCACCCUCACUCUUCAGCCUCAUGCAGGAGUACCCCGAUGACCGCACCUCCCGUACCCUCACCCUCAUCGCCAAGGUCAUUCAGAACCUGGCUAACUUCGCCAAGUAGGUUUACCCCUUUACUGGUAGCGUGGUAGAUAAUAUCACGGCUGCGUUUCAAAUGGCACCCUAAUUGUUGGUUGUGUGCACACCCUGGACUAAAUUUCUCUGAACUCACUUGAUCACCUUUACAAGUUUACAAGAUGCCAAUCCUAGCUGAGUAGAAAGCAGGUUAAACCAAUGUUGGUUGUCUGUGUCCAAAGGUUUGGUAACAAAGAGGAGUACAUGGCAUUUAUGAACGACUUCCUGGAGCACGAGUGGGCAGGUAUGAUGCGUUUCCUCACAGAGAUCUCCAACCCAGAGACCAUCUCCAAUACACCGGGAUUUGAAGGUUACAUCGACCUUGGCCGGGAGCUGUCAGUCCUCCACUCGCUGCUGUGGGAUGUGGUGUCCCAGUUGGACAAGGUAAGGAAGACCUUGGAGUGGGCAGCAGUGAUACGUCUGUUAACAGAUGUUCCAAAAACAUAGUUUGGGUCGCAAAUGGUGCCCUAUUCCCUUUAUAGUUCACUACUUUUGACCAGGGCCCAUAGGGCUCUGGUCAAAAGUUGCGCACUAUAUAGGGAAUAGGGUGCCAUUUGGGACACAACUAUAUCUUCUGUAAGCCUGAAGCGUAACGCUUGUUGUACUUUAAUGACAUGCUCAGGCUCCUAAUUGUGGCCCUUAGUAGGUAUCUGUUAAGAGGCUCUGCUGCAAAUGAUGCUUUGCAGUGGUGCGUAGUGGGUUUGGGUCUGCACAUCUGAAUGUGUGCUAUCAUUACGACAAAUAUCUAUUUUUUCCACUGUUUGCAGGCUUGGACAGGAGUUUUAUAGCGGUUAUUAAUCUAAAAUAACACAUUUAUGAUUCUGAAAAAUACUGAUUGUAAUGGUUUUGUGGAUGAAAUGUGGGUAAAUGGGUCUUAAUCAUAUAACUGAGCUAUGAUCUAAUGAUAUCAAGUGGUGUUAGGACAAAAGUCUUCCUAAUCAGCUUACACCACAUUGACUUGACUUGCAUAUUAAGCCUCUCGUGGCUAAAGGGUUAGUGACUUUAUGAGAAGAGGAAAACUAAUUACACAGUCCAGGAUGUUUUUACCCCUACCGCUUUUCACUAUGACGUUCCCUAAAAAUGAAAAUGUCGAGUCUAGAAGUUUUAAAGCAGGGUAAUGUCACCCACUCAUUCUCUGCACCCGGCCACCACUCACCCUAACCUUAAUCCUGCAAGGCUCCUACACUGUACCCUUUGUUUAUUUAUUUAUUUAUUUAUUCAUGCAUGUUUGUUUAUUUUACAUGUUUACAGUGCCUUCAGAAAGUAUUCACACUUUUUACACAUUUUGUUGUUACAGCCUGAAUUUAAAAUGGAUUAAAUUGAGAUUUUGUCACUGAUCUACACACAAUACCCCAUAAUGUCAAAGUGAAAUUAUGUUUUUAGAAAAGUUUACAAAUUAAUUUAAAAAAGCUGAAAUGUCUUGAGUCAAUAAGUAUUCAACCACUUUGUUAUGGUAAGCCUAAAUAAGUUCAGGAUAAAAAAUGUGCUGAACGACUCACUUUGUGUGCAAUAAUAGUGUUUAACAUGAUUUUUACAUGACUAACACAUCUCUGUACCCCACACAUACAAAUGAUCUGUAAGGUCCCUCAGUCGAGCAGUGAAUUUCAAGCACAGAUUCAACCACAAAGACCAAUGGUUCUAUUGGUAGAUGGGAAAAAAAAAAAAAAAAAGACAUUUAAUAUUCCUUUGAGCAUGGUGCAGUUAUUAAUUACACUUUGGAUGGUGUAUCACUACAACCAGUCACUACAAAGAUACAGGCACCCUUCCUUACUCAGUUGCCGGAGAGGAUGGAAACUGCUCAGGGAUUUCACCAUGAGGCCAAUGGUGAUUUUAAAACAGUUAGAGUUUAAUGGCUGUGAUAGGAGAUAACUAAGGAUGGAUCAACAACAUUGUAGUUACUCCACAAUACUAACAUAAAUGACAGAGUGAAAAGACGUAAAAAAUAUUCCAAAACAUGCAUACUGUUUGCAAUAAGGCACUAAAGUAUUACUGCAAAUAAUGUGGCAAAUACAUUUUAUUUUUUUCCUGAAUACAAAGCGUUAUGUUUGGGGCAAAUCCAACACAACACAUCACUGAGUACCACUCUUCAUAUUUUCAAACAUGGGGGUGGCUGCAUAAUGUUAUGGGUAUGCUUGUCAUCAACAAGGACUAGGGAGUUUUUUAGGAUAUUAAUAAACGGACUUGGUUCAGUCUGCUUUCCAACAGACACUGGGAGACAAAUUCACCUUUCAGCAGGACAAUGACCUAAAACACAAGGCCAAAUAUACACUGGUUGCUUACCAAGAUGACGUUGAAUGUUCCUGUGUGGCCUAGUUACAGUUUUGACUUAGAAAAAGUCAAGGGAUGUGAAUACUUUCUGAAGGCACUGUAUGUUUAUUCUUCUGUGAACCCUAGGUUUUUACAGUAUUCAUUUCAAUACUCCCUACAUCUUACUCUUACCUCACAACCUUCUUCAUUAGUUUGCCCUUGAUGCAUGUUUGCUGUGUUUGGAAUGGCUGUUAUUUAGUGGCAUGUGUUGUUUUUAUAUUUUUUUACCCCAAAUGUAUUCAUUUCCUUAUGUUUUCUCCUCAAUUUUUUUCUGCCUCUACGCCCCCACCCCUCCCUCCUUUUCCACUCCACCCUUCUACUCCGCCCGACACACACUGUGUCUCCAUGGUUACACUGUCCCGACAACACCAAUGCAUUAUGGUGCUUCUCAUUGCCAACCAACCAACCAACAAACCAACCCACCAAUCCUCUGUCCUCCAAACCUUCUGCCAUCCUCAUUCCACAAUGCUGGGUGACGUGGCCUGGUGCUGCUGCCCCUCGUCAUGGUAACGUGCAACCCAGGGUGAAAAUUCCUUCCUGCAGGCGACCGUAGCCAAGCUGGGCCCCCUGCCCCGCAUCCUGGGGGACAUAGCCCGCUCUCUGUCCAGCCCCACACCCAUCCAGCAGCAGCUCCGACGCUUCCAGGACUACAGCUCCUCACACAACAUCAGCGGCAGCGUCUCCUCAGGCCUGCAGAGGAUAUUCGAAGAUCCGGCCGACAGGUAGGGCUCCAAAAUGGUCACAACCGCUGCAACCAUAUUGCCAAUCACCACCCAGCCAUGCAUGGUCUAAUUCUGUGGUGUAGUUCUGGCUGUAGUUCUUUUCAAAGGCUGUUUCGUCUGGUGAUUUUGUGCCAGUUAAUCUAGAGAUUCAGCUUUCAUACAUAAAGUUGAGAGAUGUUGGUAUAUGUUCAUGCAGUUUAUAUGGAUAGGUUGUUUUAUGGUGCAUUGAUUUGGGAGAUGACUCACUGCUAGGAUCUUUCUAAAUAAAGCUGCAGCUAGAGACUUCCUAUUUUUAGCGGCUGUAGAGAUAAUGAGGGAAUCUGAGAUGGACGUUUUUCCGGCUUUAAAGUGAAUCAGAGUCAAUAUUGGUGCUAAAGGAACAUUGAGUUAAACUUGAAAGGAAAAGAAGGUAGCCUACAUUUCACCUUGUGUGUCCCAAAUGGCACUCUAUACCCUAUGCCAGGGGUAGGCAACCCUGUUCAUGGAGUGCUGCAGGUAGUGCAGGGUUUUGUUCCAACUAGGCACCAAACUGAGCUACUUAGUUAUUUGAUCAGUUCAGUGAUUGCCUAAAUUCAACACACCUGGUCUUCCAGGUAGCUUAAAUUAAAAACAUGAAGUGCUGCUGCACUCCAGGACCAGGGUUGCCUACCCCUGCCCUAGGCAUAUAUAGUGCACUCAUUUUGACUAGGCCCCUAUGGGCCCUGUUUAAAGUAGUUAACUACAUAGGGAAUAGGAUGCCAUUUGGGACUGGUCCUAGCUUUGGUUUCAGAACUCUGUUAAUGUGUUGUGUGUUUACUGUCCAUGUCUUGCAGUGAGGUUCGCAGCAUCAAGUCCCCAGUCCAGGAGCAUGUUAUAGACGGCCUUCACCGGGGGAAGAACCCUCUCCUGGGCCAGCAGUCAUCCGCCCACAGCAUAAGCUUCUCGGACAAGGAGGAGAGAGAGAACCUUCUGCCCAACGGACGCAGCAUCUCCCUGGUGGACCUCCAGGACUCUCACAUGGUCCAGAGUGGCCAGGGACCCCUCCCUCUCCACGAGGCUCCACCCAGGCUGAGCAGGGUGGGCUCCCAGGCCUCUAUCGGACACCCCCACCAGGCUACCACCCCACAGUCACACCAAGUCCUACAUCAAAAGCCCUCGUUACGGGACAACCUCCCCCAGAGCGCGCCCCAGGUGCGUCGGCCCCUGCACCCCUCCCUCAGCCAGCAGAGGAGCCUCCAGCCCCUCUCUUUCCAAAAUCCUGUCUAUCACCUCAGCAACCUGACACAACAACCACAACAACAACACACAGCAGUACACUCCACAACACACUCGGUCCACUCCCACUCAGUGCACUCCCUUCAGCCGGGCUCCAGCUCAGAGAACCUGAGCACCGAUAGCUCCCGCAGCCACAGCAACUCGGAGGUUGAGUUCGGAGGCGGGAACCAGGGGGGGAAGGGGGGCAGGGUACCAUCCAAUAGCAGCCUGGAGGAGUUCAGCCAGCGGAGCACGCAGAGCGAGGACUGCUCCACGCCUUGCCGCCACACCCUGCCGGACAACCAGGGAGGGGCCCACGCUGUGGCAGUGCCCAGGCAGAACAGCACGGGCACAGCCCACAUCGUGAGGGUGGAGCAGCAGAGCCGCAGCGGGGGGAGUGCAGGGGCCCGGACGCCCCGCUCCCUGCCCCACAGCGCCUCUCUACGCAGCAGCAGCUCCAUCAACACGGAGCCCAUGCCUAUCCCCAUCCAGGGCCAGCCAGGCGCAGGCACUGGAAGCCACUCACGGCAGCAGUCCACCUGCUCCAUGGAGAGCCCUGUGCCCCCCGUCAGGAGCGUGGCCAAGCAGCGGACACCACAGCAGGUACUGGUCUGGCAUACAGAACUACACUUAGAUACACAAGCUCAGCUCCGACACCCUGAUAUAUUAUGUUAUUAUUAUCAAGGACAAAUGUCUCCUAAAUAAAGUGUGGCCAGUCAUAUUGGCCACUCAGGGUAGAUUUGAUUGACAUAUCGGUAUCUGUGGUGAUGGUGGUGGUGCAGGUGGCGUCUCCAGUAGAGCCAGUCACCAUGUCACCGGUAGAGAGGACAGCAGCGUGGGUGCUGAAUAACGGCCAGUACGAAGACGAGGAGGAGGAGGCGGCCCCAGCAGAUCAGAGCAGCCAGGACAGCAGGAACGCCGAGAAGGUAAAGAGACAGCCAGAGUCACAGCCAAUGAUGGCCAAAACAUGGCCAAGUUAUAAAGGUAUAUUUGCUAGUGCUGGCUGUCUUCUUCAUUACCAAGUCCAACACAUGAGCCUGCUAAGCCAGUGUAGGCAGACAGAGGUUGGCUUUGUCUUAGGCAUGACUAACACGAUCAUCCCCUCCAACUCUCUCGCUCUCUCUUUCCCUCCAUGUCUCUUUCUGUCUCUCUCACCUCUCUCCCUCCUGAAUGAACAGGAGAUCUCCAAGCUGAAGGAGCGCCUGCGGGUGUCUAGUCUGUGUCUGGAGGAGUACGAGAGACGUCUGCUGGCCCAGGAGCAGCAGAUGCAGAAACUGCUGAUGGAGUACAAGGCCCGCCUGGAGGACAGCGAGGAGAGGCUGCGGCGGCAGCAGGAGGAGAAGGACAACCAGAUGAAGAGCAUCAUCUGCAGGUAGGCAAUACUAGGCAUGAUUUUGCUUACAACAAGGAGCCUGUGCUCCAGUCAUAAUUCCUGUGAAUGAAUGAUUGAUUGAAUGAACGAACUAACAAAAUAAUUAAUACAUUUUCAAAAUCACAGAUUGACUGCUUAAUGGCAUGCUUCUAGUGUGUUGUAUUGUUGUGUCCCAAAUCGCACCCUAUUCCCUAUAUAGUGCACUACUUUUGACUAGUGUCCACAGGGCUCUGAUCAAAGAUAGGUUGCAUCUCAAAUGGCAUGCUAUGUCCUCCCCUUAUGGUGUGUAUUCGUCUGAGAUGGCUAUGCUCUGUCACUCACAGGUUAAUGGCUGUAGAGGAGGAGCUGAAGAGAGACCAUGCAGAGAUGCAGGCUGUCAUAGACGCCAAGCAGAAGAUCAUUGAUGCACAGGUAUAGUAACAGAACACACUGUACAUAUUUUGUCUGUACUCUAUGUAGGGCUAAGGGUUUGAAUAAUACAAUGCUUAGAUCCAUUCAGUUCCAUCUCCUUACGAAUAAUAUUAUAUUCUCCAUGGAAACAUUCAUUCAGUCUUAAGGGACAUCCACACCAAGAAUGCUAACUAUAACGAUAAAAAAAUCAAAAUCGCUUUAAUUCAAGUGGACAGGAGUGUUCACACUACAACGAUACAACCUACUAUCAUACCCUGCUCAAAGGCACUUAAAUAUUUUGUCUCGCCCAUUCACCCUCUGAAUGGCACCUAUGCACAAGCCAUGUGUCAAUUGUCUCAAGGCUUAAAAAUCCUUCUUUAACCUGUCUCCUCCCCAUCUACACUGAUUGAAGUGGAUUUAACAAGUGACAUCAAUAAGGGAUCAUAGCUUUCACCUGGAGUGACCUGAUCAGUCUGUCAUGGCAGGAUGUUUUGUACACUCAGUGUAUAUACCAAGGCAGGACAUAGAAACCCAAUAAUCUAUUGAUUAAACUAAAUAUUGAACAACAAUUAGUAUUUUGCAUGCCGUGGCCUAAUGGCAAUAGUUCCAAAUGAUACAGCAAAUAAAGGGCGUUAUUGUCACCAUAAAAGAUGAAUGGAGGCAUUUUCCAGGUGGAGUUUUAAUGCUCGUUCACGCACGCAGUUUUCCGACAGGUCUGAUUUAUAACGGGAAACAUGCAUAUGGCAUGCGCCAAGUUUAUACAUUUCUAUAUUUUUGUACGUGUGCAUACUUUUCAGAAAUGUACGCAACGGUUAGGGGAGCUUUGCGUGCCCGGGGACUGCAGAGCGCAGCCUGGAGGAACGCACAGAUCUGCCAUUUCAUUGCACUUUGACUGGUUAAUAUUUAUAGCCCUACUAUUUAGCUAAUGAAUUGCCUAAGAUCUAGCUAAUAUUUUGCUUCUUACUUUGGCUACACAACUCUAGCCUCUCUCUCUCCCAGCUGUUCCCGUGCACAAUAGGCCAUAGGCUAUAGGAUACACAAGCCUCUCCGCUAUUCCUCUUCUCCUGAAAUCCCAGGAAAGCUAUAGGACGUUUAUUUUUUGCCUUAUUUAAUUCAACGCCUAAUAGCCUUUUCUUGAAGAGAAGCAGGCUUGCUCUUCCUAAUUGCCGAAUGUAAAAUAGGCCUAGGACAAAUGAACUGUCUGGGAAAGUUGAGAAGAGAGAGUGCGUGGGUGUGACCACUUUGGCCAGUGGUGAUAACAUUGUUGCACUGAUGCAUUGCAAAUGGUUGAGAGAUGAGCACAGUGAAAAAGAAGAUCCAAAGGAAUUGACAACCAUUAGAAAAAUGGAAAUCACUUGCAAACCAUUUCAGCAACGAGGCAAGGAAUGACAUGAUGUAAAAGAUGCACAGGCUAAAUAGCGUUUGCUGUUGAAUUGCUACAUUUAAAUGCGCGUACCGAUAGGACGCAUGGGAAGAGUAGCUCCGUUUUGUUCCGACAAGACUGUGGUUAUAUGAAGAAACCAGACAAUAUAGUUUAAAUUAAGCAUUUAAAAUCGAUAGAUCAAUAUAUCACCAAGUAACCGGGAGAGAGUGAGCGGUCAGUUAUAUACAACAGUGAACCAAUCUGUGAAUAAAGCGACGCUGAGACUCGAACCCAACAAGCCAUGGCUUCUCUUAGAUGAAAAGACAAAGAACAACUUGGAGACGCAAAUGAGAGCAGCAAACAACUGAAGGAUAUCCAGGAAAACAUAGUUCAAAUGCUCUCAAUGCUCACCAAAACAAAUUAACUGUUAGAAUCUGUUGUUUAAAAAAGUUGAUUUAUCGACCAGCUUAUCGUAAAUUGAGACAAUAUUCCUUCCCCCUCCCCCAAUACAAUUUAGACUGUUGUCCCCAAGUAGAUGUUCUUCUCUAGGAAGUAACAAUAGAAUUAGCUGAUGCCAAUGAGAUACAUCGACACUGAAAGGACAAUAUAAAAGAGGAUAUAUAGCAUGUAAGUCAAUAAUGGUUCUAUGGAUGUGAGUGGGUGUGAGGGGGAGUAUGUGUGGGUAUGUGUCUGCAUAUGAAUGGGAGAGUGAGGGAUGGAGGAAUGUGGAUAUGUGUGGGAGGGCGGGAGAAAGUGAGAAAGCUGGAGGCGUGGGGUGUAUGUGGUGUAUGUAUAGAGGGGUGUAGAUGUGUAUGAGAAGAAGGUAGGGGUAAAAAGACUGAGGCUGGGCCUGGGUGGGUAAAGGAGGGAAGGUAGUGAUAAUCUUGGCUUGGAGGGGAGAACUGGGAGGGGUGGUGGAGAGGGAUGGAUUUGGUUUGGGAGAGAGAGAAGGAAGGAUGUAUGUACAAUGUAUGCAUCCACAGUCUUUAGUACAUUAGGAGAGGAGUCUGAGCUAAAAAGCCCUAAAAAGGCAUGGCGCCUCAAGUACAGAUGUACAGUGCAUUCGGAAAGUAUUGUGCCCCCUUGACUUUCUCCACAUUUUGUUACCUUACAGCCUUAUUCUAAAAUGGAUUAAAACGUUUUUUUCCCUCAUCAAUCUACACACAAUACCCCAUAAUGACAAAGCAAAAACAGGUUAUUGUAAUGUGUUGUUUUAUUACCCCUUUUUCCUCCCCAAUUUCGUGGUAUCUAAUUGGUAGUUACAGUCUUGUCCCAUCGCUGCAACUCCCGUACGGACUCGGGAGAGCCAGCCGCACCAAUGUGUCGGAGGAAACACUGUACACCUGGCGACCAUGUCAGCGUGCAUUGCGCCCGGCCCGCAACAGGAGUCGCUAGUGCGCGAUGGGACAAGAACAUCCCUGCCGGUUCUCCCCCGAUUGCUCAGUUUGGCCGGCGGCCAGCUCUAGGAAGAGUCUUGGUGGUUCCAAACGUCUUCCAUUUAAGAAUGAUGGCGGCCACUGUGUUCUUGGGGACCUUCAAUGCUGCAGACAUUUUUUGGUACCCUUCCCUAGAUCUGUGCCUCAACACAAUCCUGUCUCGGAACUCUACGGACAAUUCCUUCGACCUCAUGGCUUGGUUUUUGCUCUGGCAUGCACUGUCAACUGUGGGAUCUUAUAUAGACAGGUGUGUGCCUUUCCAAAUCAUGUCCAAUCAAUUUAAUUUACCACAGGUGGACUCCAAUCAAGUUGUAGAAACAUCUCAAGGAUGAUCAAUGGAAACAGGAUGCACCGGAGCUCAAUUUCGAGUCUCAUAGCAAAGGGUCUGAAUACUAAUGUAAAUAAGGUAAACCUGUUUUCGCUUUGUUAUUAUGAGGUAUUGUGUGUAGAUUUAAAAAAAAUCAAUUUUAGAAUAAGGCUGUAACUUAACAAAGUGGAAAAAGUGAAGGGGUCUGAGUACUUUCCGAAUAUGCACUGUACUUUGUUUUAUUUUUAUUGAUUUUGUUAAAUGUCUGCUCAGCCCACAUGCCCACACACUCUAUACACGUAAUGUAUACAAUAACUAUUUAUUUAUACUAUAAUCCUCCCAUUAUAUGGAAUGCCCACCGCCCUCAUGUCAUUUCUGUUCAAAUGUUUUACUUGGUUCUUCAAUGACAGACGGAACAGAUGAGGUUAGGUUUGAUUCUAUACAAGUAAAGACCAACAAAAUCCAACUUAUCACAUGAAAUGUCCACGGGUCCCUGAUGCGGGGGGAAAAAACAUAUGAGUGUCAGCAGAGUUACAUAAUAAAUAAAUAAAUUGUUUUAAGAGGAGCUUGGUUGGAGAGGCCUACGCUGCCACCUACUGUAGUAACAGCAGAAGUGUAGGCAUACUGAUAAAUAAGAAUACACCAUUUCCCCUUAUAUCCCAGCAUAUGGACCAAGAAGGCCGUUUUCUAAUGUUGAAUUGUACCUUGAAUUGAGAUUACUAUUCCCAACUACAAAAGACUAUACUUUUUUUCUCAAAGUAAUUAAUGUUAUUCAAGAACUGGCUACAUUUUUAUUUCCAAAGUGUACUCAAUUAUUUACUGGAUUCAAAAAUUAAUGAUAUAGUGAUAUCGGAUCAUUCUCCGGUAUCAUGCUUAAUUACAUCAAUAGAAAAUACAUUUAGCGACAGAAUUUGGAGAAUGAACAGAGCGGAUCUACUGGACCCACAUUUUAUUAAAUAUGUAAACUAAAAAUAAAUCACAAUCUUAGAAAAAGCCCAUAAAAAAUCUUUACAAGUUAAAGAGGAAAUAAAAUGUCUGAACUUAAGCAGAAAUACAAUAUUUUACUUCUGAAGAGAGCCAACAACUACAGUGGGGAAAAAAAGUAUUUAGUCAGCCACCAAUUGUGCAAGUUCUCCCACUUAAAAAGAUGAGAGAGGCCUGUAAUUUUCAUAAUAGGUACACAUCAAAUAUGACAGACAAAAUGGGAAUAAAAAUCCAGAAAAUCACAUUGUAGGAUUUUUAAUGAAUUUAUUUGCAAAUUAUGGUGGAAAAUAAGUAUUUGGUCACCUACAAACAAGCAAGAUUUCUGGCUCUCACAGACCUGUAACUUCUUCUUUAAGAGGCUCCUCUGUCCUCCACUCGUUACCUGUAUUAAUGGCACCUGUUUGAACUUGUUAUCAGUAUAAAAGACACCUGUCCACAACCUCAAACAGUCACACUCCAAACUCCACUAUGGCCAAGACCAAAGAGCUGUCAAAGGACACCAGAAACAAAAUUGUAGACCUGCACCAGGCUGGGAAGACUGAAUCUGCAAUAGGUAAGCAGCUUGGUUUGAAGAAAUCAACUGUGGGAGCAAUUAUUAGGAAAUGGAAGAAAUACAAGACCACUGAUAAUCUCCCUCGAUCUGGGGCUCCACGCAAGAUCUCACCCCGUGGGGUCAAAAUGAUCACAAGAACGGUGAGCAAAAAUCCCAGAACCACACGGGGGGACCUAGUGAAUGACCUGCAGAGAGCUGGGACCAAAGUAACAAAGCCUACCAUCAGUAACACACUACGCCGCCAGGGACUCAAAUCCUGCAGUGCCAGAUGUGUCCCCCUGCUUAAGCCAGUACAUGUCCAGGCCCGUCUGAAGUUUGCUAGAGUGCAUUUGGAUUAUCCAGAAGAGGAUUGGGAGAAUGUCAUAUGGUCAGAUGAAACCAAAAUAGAACUUUUUGGUAAAAACUCAACUCGUCGUGUUUGGAGGACAAAGAAUGAUGAGUUGCAUCCAAAGAACACCAUACCUACUGUGAAGCAUGGGGGUGGAAACAUCAUGCUUUGGGGCUGUUUUUCUGCAAAGGGACCAGGACGACUGAUCCCUGUAAAGGAAAGAAUGAAUGGGGCCAUGUAUCGUGAGAUUUUGAGUGAAAACCUCCUUCCAUCAGCAAGGGCAUUGAAGAUGAAACGUGGCUGGGUCUUUCAGCAUGUCAAUGAUCCCAAACACACCGCCCAGGCAACGAAGGAGUGGCUUCGUAAGAAGCAUUUCAAGGUCCUGGAGUGGCCUAGCCAGUCUCAAGAUCUCAACCCCAUAGAAAAUCUUUGGAGGGAGUUGAAAGUCUGUGUUGCCCAGCGACAGCCCCAAAACAUCACUGCUCUAGAGGAGAUCUGCAUGGAGGAAUGGGCCAAAAUACCAGCAACAGUGUGUGAAAACCUUGUGAAGACUUACAGAAAACGUUUGACCUGUGUCAUUGCCAACAAAGGGUAUAUAACAAAGUAUUGAGAAACUUAUGUUAUUGACCAAAUACUUAUUUUCCACCAUAAUUUGCAAAUAAAUUCAUUAAAAAUCCUACAAUGUGAUUUUCUGAAAUGUUUUCCCCAUUUUGUCUGUCAUAGUUGACGUGUACCUAUGAUGAAAAUUACAGGCCUCUCUCAUCUUUUUAAGUGGGAGAACUUGCACAAUUGGUGGCUGACUAAAUACUUUUUUUCCCCACUGUAUAGGUUAAACUCAUGGGAAAAAAUGUAUGCACUCACUUAACUGUAAGUCGCUCUGGAUAAGAGUGUCUGCUAAAUGACUAAAAUGUAAAAUGUAAAAUAAAGCAUACUACUUAAUUGCAAGUAAACCUGGUAAAUAGCUCUCACAAACGAAUACAUGCUAAACCAGUUAUAAUUUUUUAAGAUAAAGAUACAAAGGCGAUAAUUAGAAACAACAAUGCAAUUAAUUACACAUUUUGUAAGUUUCUAGGAAGAUUUAUACAAAUCAGAAUUAAACAGUGGGAUGGAUCCUAUAGCCUUCUUAGACUCAACAACUCUGAAGCAACUAUCAGUGGACAAAAAAAUAAUCAUUAAAAACAGAGAUCGCCCAAGAAUAAAUAUUAGAUACUGUUAAAACAUUCGCACUGAGAAAAGCACCAGAAAUGGAUGGCUUUCCCAUAGAAUUCUAUUCAACAUUUUGGGACAAAAAACAAGAUAUAGAUUAAUCAAUAAUGGCUGUUGAUGCCGAAAAGGCUUUCAAUCGUCUUGAAUGGUCUUUUCUAUUCAAAACUUUCCAGCUGAAAUAAUAAAUGUAAUACAAAAAAUUUAUAAAUAUCCUAAAGCAAAAAUAUACAUGAAUAAUACAUUAUCUGAUGAAAUUGCUUUAGAAGGGGGCACAAGACAGGGAUGUCCUCUCUCCUCUCCUGUUUGCACUGGCAAUUGAACCGCUUGCAGAAAGAAUUAGACAGGACUCAAAUGUAACAGGUAUUGGUAAACACUAAUAUAAAGUAAACUUUUUUGCAGAAAAUCUCCCGAUAAUCCUGACCAAUAUUGAAAACUCAUUGCCCCCUUUGCUAAAAAUAUUUUCAAAAAUCUCAGGUUAUAAAAUUAACAUGGGGGGGGGGGGGGGGGAUGACAAAAUUGCAAUAGGAAAAAUAAUAACUCAUGAUUUACAGCAAUCCUUUAAGUGGACCACAACAAAUAUUAAAUAAAGGUGGAUACCAGGUCAGUUGUACAACUGAAUGCAUUCAACUGAAAUGUGUCUUCCGCAUUUAACCCAACCCCUCUGAAUCAGAGAGGUGCGGAGGGCUGCCUUAAUCGACAUCCACGUCUUCGGCGCCCGGGGAACAGUGGGUUAACUUCCUUGCUCAGGGGCAGAACAACAUAUUUUUUGGGGUUACUGGCCCAACGCUCUUAUCCGCAUGGCUAUAGGAUGCUUAAUAAGUGACAACAAAUAUAUAAAGAUAACUUUAUUCCAUUACUCAACAAUAUGAAAGCAGAUUUAAUUAAAUGGAAUAAUCUUCCCAUAAAUCUUAUAGGUAGAAUAAACCUCUUUAAAAUGGCAUGGAUGCCAAAGUUUUGUAUCUAUUUUCGGUUAUACCAAUUACCCCACCGAAGGCAUUCUUUAAAAAAGUAUACUCUAUCAUAAGACUUUAUAUGGAAAAAUAAAAUGCAUAGAAUAAAAAGGAACAUUUUACAUCUUCCUAAGUCUGAGGGUGGUUUUAACCUUCCAGACUUGGAAUUGUAUCAACUCGCUACCCAAGGCUUUUACUUGCGACCAUAUAGUUGAAUGCACUUAAGAGGAACAAUAGGUACAUAUUGAAGAUGUGCAUGCUCAUCCCCCGAAUCUUUUUACAUGUCUAUUUUCAAAGGAUAAAGCUAAGAACAUUAACAACUUCAUAGUUAAGAACACUAUAGCGAUAUGGAAGAAAAUUGUACGUAUUUUACAAGAACCAAUAUCACUCCCUAGAAACACAACCUUAUGGAAUAAUCCUUGGAUAGCUUUUCAGAAUUAAUCGAUACAUUUGCCCACAUGGAAAACUAAAGGCAUAGCUCAGUUGGUAGAGCAUGGCGUUUGCAACGCCAGCGUUGUGGGUUCGAUUCUCACGGGGGACCAGUAUAAAAAUAAAAGAAAUGUAUGCACUCACUAACUGUAAGUCGCUCUGGAUAAGAGCGUCUGCUAAAUGACAAAAAAUAUAUAUAUAUAUAUAUAUAUAUAUAUAUAUAUAUAUAUAUAUAUAUAUAUAUAUAUAUAUAUAUAUCCAACUGACAAUCUCUUAGAAAAAAUAUAAAUUAUUGGAAACAAGAUUUCAAAUGAACUGAUGUUGGCAUAAGAUGGAGGGAAAGUUGGAGCAUAACUACCGAAAUUACAGUUAACGAAAAUGUAUGCUUAAUCCAGUAUAAACUAAUUUAUAGAAUUUAUUAUACAAGGAACAAAAUGCACAAAUUGUACAGCACAACAGCAGAGUCAUGUCUCAAGUGUUAAACUAAUAAUGACUCAAUAAUCCAUGCUUUUUGGGAAUGCUGUAAAGUUCUGAAGUUGUGGGCGGAGCUGGACAGUUGGCUGUCAGAAGUAUUACAAAAUAAACUUAUAUUACAAUCUAUCUGCAUAUUUUAAGACAUGACAUAUGGGGGUAUAAUGAGAUACUUAAUGGUCUGGACAAUUCUUUUCUCAUCACUCAUUUGGAAAAAAUCUCUACUAAAAACUUGGAAGUCAAUCAAGCCGCCAUCAUAGACACAAUGGAAAUAUCAAAUUAUUGAAAUAUUGAAAUAGCAUGGGCAACCGAGAAAAACAUAUUGGUACAACUUAAGACCAAGUGGCAAACAAUAAUGCAGGCACUAGGGAUGGGGGUGUGAGCAUGCGGGUCUGGGCAGAUGAGAAGUAGUCAUUGUUUGUACAGUACCAGUCAAAAGUUUGGAUACACCUACUCAUUCCAGGGUUUUUCUUUAUUUGUACUAUUUUCUACAUUGUAGAAUAAUAGUGAAGACAUCAAAACAAUGAAAUAACACAUAUGGAAUCAUGUAGUAACCAAAAAAGUGUUAAACAAAUCAAAAUAUAUUUUAUAUUUGAGAUUCUUCAAAGUAGCCACCUUUUGCCUUGAUGACUGCUUUCCAGCUUCAUGAAGUAGUCACCUGGAAUGCAUUUCAAUUAACAGGUGUGCCUUGUUAAAAGUUAAUUUGUGGAAUUUCUUUCCUCCUUAAUACGUUUGAGGCAAUCAGUUGUGUUGUGACAAGGUAGUAUACAGAAGAUAACCCUAUUUGGUAAAAGACCAAGUCCAUAUUAUGGCAAGAACAGCUCAAAUAAGCAAAGAGAAACGACAGUCCAUCAUUACUUUAAGACAUGAAGGUCAGUCAAUACGGAACAUUUCAAGAACUUUUAAAGUUUCUUCAAGUGCAGUCGCAAAAACCAUCAAGCGCUAUGAUGGAACUGGCUCUCAUGAGGACCGCCACAGGAAAGGCAGGCCCAGAGAUACCUCUGCUGCAGAGGAUACGUUCAUUAGAGUUACCAGCCUCAGAAAUUGCAGCCCAAAUAAAUGCUUCACAGAGUUCAAGUAACAGACACAUUUCAACAUCAACUGUUCAGAGGAGACUGCGUGAAUCAGGCCUUCAUGGUCGAAUUGCUGAAAAGAAACCACUACUAAAGGACAGUUGGAAGAAGAGUUGCUUGGGCCAAGAAACACGAGCAAUGGACAUUAGACUGGUGGAAAUAUGUCCUUUGGUCUGAUAAGUCCAAAUGUGAGAUUUUUGGUUCCAACCGCCGUGUCUUUGUGAGACGCAGAGUAGGUGAACGGAUGAUCUCCGCAUGUUUGGUUCCCACCGUGAAGCAUGGAGGAGGAGGUGUUAUGGUGCGGAGGUGCUUAGCUGGUGACACUGUCUGUGAUUUAUUUAGAAUUCAAGACACACUUAACCAGCAUGGCUACCACAGCAUUCUACAGCCAUACGCCAUCCCAUGUGGUUUGGGCUUAGUGGGACUAUCAUUUGUUUUUCAAUAGGACAAUGACACAACAUACCUCCAGGCUGUGUAAGGGCUAUUUUACCAAGAAGGAGAGUGAUGGAGUGCUGCAUCAGAUGACCUGGCCUCCACAAUCCCCCGACCUCAACUCAAUUGAGAUGGUUUGGGAUGAGUCGGACCGCAGAGUGACUGAAAAGCAGCCAACAAGUGCUCAGCAUAUGUGGAAACUCCUUCAAGACUGUUGGAAAAGCAUUCCAUGUGAAGCUGGUUGAGAGAAUGCCAAGAGUGUGCAAAGCUGUCAUCAAGGCAAAGGGUAGCUUUUUGAAGAUUCUCAAAUAUAAAAUAUACUUUGAUUUGUUUAACAGUUUUUUGUUUACUACAUGAUAUUGUGUUAUUUCAUAGUUUUGAUGUCUUCACUAUUAUUCUACAAUGUAGAAAAUCGUAAAAAGAAAGAAAAACCCUUGAAUGAGUAGGUGUGUCCAAACGUUUGACUGGUAGUGUACAUUGAAGUAUUAUUUGCAGUUGUCACUAUGACAAUGAACACACCCUGAAGCACUGAUCAAUGGUCUGUGUUACCACCUUAUUAAUAGGCCUUACAGCGUGCAGUAGGAUGUGUUGAUCAGUUGAUUGACAGGUGUAGGCUACUGCAGAACGAUAAACAAUAAACUUUCCUUUAGUGUGGAUGCUCGCCAAUGUUUUAUAGUUAUGUAUAAUUUAUCGUUAUAGUUAUCACCCUUAGUGUGGAUGGCCUUUUACAUUUGGGGUUGAUUACCUUGUCAUAUCCUUGACAGCUUUUCAGAGCAAUCUUGAAUGACAUUCACAUUCUCACCAGAGGCAUCUUUGCUCUCGCUUUUUGUGCUUUUAAAAGGCCUGUCAUCUCAACUCGUUGCCUCAGAAGACUUUACGUCAACAGAUUUUCAAUACCAAGCAGGGAAAGAGGAUUUAUAUUUAAUUGGAACUAUUAUUUCACUAUCAAAAUAAAUAUUUUAAAUGCUUUGACUUCUUGACAUUGCUUUUUUCUUUACAAUGUUAUCUUUUGGUCAGGGGAGAUCUAAUUUCCACUAACUUUCAAAGUAUAGACUUGACAUGAAGUAAGGACUAUUCACAUGGAAUCCAACCCCUUUCAAUCUUUGGAAGGGGAUGAAGUUAUUUUGCUCUGCAUUGGAGCAGAGAACCUGUUGACUUUAUCACUAUCACUAUGUUCCACUGAGUUCCAGGUCAAUAAAGCAACAGAGGUAAUCCAAGCAGGCAAGUAAACCAGUCAGUCCUCUGGUUUUGGGAAAUGCUGGCAACCCUUGAAUGAGAGCAACCACACUUGACACCCAUUCCUGCCUCCCUGCCAAAAAAGUCCUUAUUCCUGUGCAGACUAGAGGUCGUUGUUGUUGUUUGGUAUUGCUUUUGAAAUUAGAUUUUUGAUUUCCCAAUCAGUCAGAAUAUAAAUAUAGAACAUAAUCUAAUACAUGUUCAUUACUUUUGUAGGUAUACUACGCCCCUAUUGCUACAAUUCAUGUUUCUCCAUAUCUGAUGUCAAUCUAAUCUCAGACAGUGGCUCUCAUAGUUAAAAAUAAACAAUAUUAUAGUAUGAGAAAGUCUGUCUUGAAUUAGGGCUGGUAUUUAUGAAGCAGUUACAUUCAGAUGUGUUCACUAUUUCUGUCUCUACAGGACUGUGUGUUGUGAGUUCGCUCUUAGCAGAUGAUGUAUCUGUUAUCCCCAGCUUUGGCUGCUUUUCACCCUGCCCUCUUAAUUUAGCUACCAUCACUCCCAAAACCCUUCUCCCCUUCCCUCCUCUCCCCCAGUUCUGCAGGAACAGUGCCAGGACCUGGCUAGAUGAGGUUGCCCAUGGCUAGAGACAAAAAAUUAUUAUGUUGCUGAUUACAAGGAGGGCAAACCGAGUCCGUUUUCCUACUUCUAUGAGGGGGAACAUUCAAGGAUAUCAUACAGGGCAGUUCAGUCCAAGGGUUAUGGAUAUAACUGGGAUUUCAGUUGUUAUUUUUUUUUGAAGAUAGCUCAAUACAAAUAAUCCUCAUGUGUUUACACAAUAUACAUUGGCAGUAGUUUUCUGUUAAAAGCCAUGCCACUGUUGACAUGUAGGCUCUGUGAAUGGUAUACGAAUAGAUAUCUAAAAUUGUUCUUUUUUUUAAACAAACAUGACGCAAUGCUUGGAUAUGAGUUUUUAGUUUUAUCUAUAAUUUUGGCUGCUAAACAAAAAAUGGGUAUAUUUCAGACUUGAAUUUCACCAUCUACAGAGUAGUAGUCAUCCUUUAGCUUACCCUGCUCAUCUAUUCUCCACUGUAAAGUGAAUGCUUUCCUCACUCACUCCCUCCCUCUUCCCAUCCUCUCUUUUUCUCCAGGAGAAGAGGAUAAGCUCUCUGGAUGCAGCCAACUCUCGGCUGAUGAGUGCCCUGACACAGGUGAAGGAGCGCUAUAGCAUGCAGAACCUGCGCAACGGCCUCUCGCCAACCAACCCCACAAAACUGUCGAUCACUGAGAACGGAGAGUUUAAAAACAGCAGCUGCUGA